AUGAAGACGGCUCAAAAGCGCAUAGAAAGGAAUAUUAUACAUCGAAAAAAUAGUAGACUGUCUGCUUUUGACAAUAUACGAAACUUGCCCAAAUGUGAAGUGCCCGACCCCGCGUCUGAGAGUCAGAAAGAGGUGGAACACAAAAGAAUGCAGUUGGAGAAAUGGAAAGAAGAAAAGGGGGAAAAAAGAAAGAAGCUGCUGCACAAUGAAAAACUUUUUGUUGCUGGUAUUGUGCACCCCCAUUAA